AUGGACGAAGAUGGCAGUCAGCGAAUUCUUCCCACCACCAUUAACGUUGGGGGGACGACAUUCCAGACUACAAUGGCUACACUAAAGAAAAUUCCCCUGACCCGCCUGUCGCGUCUGUGUCCAUCCUCUCCGGAGUACAAUCAGGAGUACGGGGAAUAUUUCUUUGACCACAAUCCUACCCUCUUCCAAGAAAUUCUCGAUUUGUACCGAUCAGGUGAACUCCACAUUCCCAGUAAUAUCUGUGGUGCUGUCUUUAAGAGAGAGAUGGAGUACUGGGAGAUUCCCAAACAUCUGGUGUCCGAGUGUUGCUUUCACUCCUUUCACCGCUACAUCAGUGACAUGAGCACCAUCACCUCCAUCCAAGACUCCUUAGCAGACGUUCUAGAUUAUGACCCGGACGACACCAAGAACAGUUGUUGGCUUAGGUUGAAGAGAAGAAUCUGGAUUUUCUUGGAUCAACCCAAGUCUUCAAAAUGUGCACAGGUAUGGACUUGUAUUAUAGAGCAAGUGAAAAACUUCUUCAAACAAAAUAAACUCAGUAAAUUACCGGUAGAUGGGUGUAACUAUUUGAGAUGA